AAAAUUCAGAUGAAGAUAAUCAACGUCGACAACGAAUCGGUAGACGUUUAAGUUCAUAUCAAGAAUUUAUUAUUAGUACAUCAUCAAAUGUUCAAACGAAAUGA